AUAGCUCAGUACAUUUCUGAACUACUGACACCCAUUGUGUUUUUGUCUUUGAGAAAAUAAAUCCUAUUAUUGGUCAUUUAGUAAUAUUUGUAAACAUAGUACUUCAUUUCCAGGGGCUUAAUUCAUAAGCAAUCUCACCCUUUCUUGUCAUUUUAUUUCAGGAUGUCUAAACUUGAACGUUUGAAUGCUCGAGUGGCCAAACUGUUGAAUGAAGCUGUGCAGGAGGUUCUGGAGGUGGUGAAGGAGACCGUGUUGGAGUACCAGGACAAAACUUCCCGAACACAGAGAGAGAAUGAGAGUUUGAAGAGAAGACUGCAGGAGCUUCAGGAACACUUAACAAGAGAUAGCAUAGCUUCUCCUGAAAUAAGUUCAUUACCUCAAGAAAAGGAUACCGCGCACCAUCAAGAGCAGGAGUCCAGCCUCACUUUGAGGUGUAAGGCAGAAGUAUCCCUCACAGACCAAAACAAUGAAAUGGGCCACACGUUUGACAACGAGGGAAAGCGGGGCGGAAACCAUCAGGAAAGCUACAAUAACGUUAAACCACAGUCUGAGUGCAACACAGCACAAGCAACAGAACAUUGCAAAGCACAAAGCGAGGAGGAUGCACAGAUUGUUAAGGAGGAAAUGACUGUCCACGUGUCACAGAGUGCAAACAGGAAUGUCAAUUCUGCCUCAUCAAAUUUUGCGUCUAUCCCACUUUCUCAAACCUCACAUGGGCUGAACCUGGCUGUCAUCAAAACAGAACCAACAGACUUAGCAGCAUCAGAGCAGCCAUCGGAUCAGGAACAGUACAGUGGAUGUGUAGAUUUGAGCAGCAACUCUUCACAUUUCAACUCUGCUGAGAAACAAAGGUCCCAAGUUAGCACUGAAUCUCAUGGACGAGUCUUUUUCCACUCAAAUCAUGCCGUACCGAGGAGGCAUGGAUUCACAAAAACCCACAAGGCUGCUUUUGAUGCAAGAAAACUGAGAAUGGAGCACUUUAGCAGGGAGGAAACACACUUGUGUGUUGUUUGUGGAAAGUCUUUCAGCAGGGUUGGGAACUUAAGGAUCCACCUGCGGUGCCAUACAGGGGAGAAGCCGUAUGGCUGCAUACAGUGUGGGAGACGUUUUAGUCAGGCAGGGGACCUGAAAAAACACAAGAGGGUCCACACAGGGGAGAAACCUUACUACUGCAGCCAGUGUGGAAAGAGCUUCAGCCGGGGGGAGAACCUGAAAAGACACCAGAAGAUCCACAUCGGAGAGAUUUUACAGUUACAGCAAGUGUGGAGGGAACAGCAGCAAUGAUGGUUAAACUAGACUCACUGCCAAUCAGAACGCCUACUUUCUGGAGAAUAUGUGAAGGAAUAUUUUUGCUCUCUGAAUUUUAUUUAGAAAUAUUUGCAGCGUAUUUAAUUUAUAAAAGCUCCUGUAAAGCAUUUGGAAUUGUUUAAAGAAGUUACUGAAAGUUGUGGUACGUAGCCCGUUGUUUGCCACUUACAGUAGUCCGCCCCUUAAUAAUUUAUACAGGGCCACAACAGGCAAGCACUUAACCAAAGAGGCUGACUCGCUACAUAUACUGAUACACAAAUAUAAAAGCAUCAUGUCAUAUUCUGAACUGACGUCAGCCUAAUGUUCUAUUUGGCCGAUGAGAUUUGUUUCUCUAUCAAAACUCAAACCAACCAGUGCUAUGAUCAGCUGACCUGAACAUCAACAGGUCUGUGUAAACCUUUUAAAAGAGGCAUGGGUAAACUGCAAAAAAAAAAACAUUAAUAUAUAGCUCUUUUCAGAUAAUGUUUUUAUUGACAUGCAUCGUAGCAUCAACAAAAAUGAGAAGAAAAAUGUUUUCGAUAUUUGCUCUUUAAAGGUAUAUUGGUGCAUCUGUACUACUAAAGAGAGGGUUGAAGAAUCGUAACAUGACAGUGUGUUGCAUAGUGUAACACCUCUUUGGGUCAUGUGUUAAACCAUAUCUUUUAAGAUAAGUAUGUAAACCUAAUGACAAAUACUGAUUUAUUUUUAAAAUCAGAAUAACAGCAUGAUUGUCUUUGAUUUCCCCUGAUUGUCUGGAAUGAUUGGUGCUUGUUGGAUGCUGGAUAUCUUUAUUGCAGAUUAAUAUAGAAUAAAAUGGAAGCAGGUGUUUGUAGAGCAAAAACAAUAAACUCAGUUAGUUCCACUACAAA